AUUAAAUCAAAAAAAGCAAAUCCUAAAGUAAAAGACAUGGCUAAUUAAAAUUUUGAAGAAACAUAUGAAGUUAAUGAAACUAUUUUUACAGCUUAAGAAAAUAAUAAAUCUAAAUAAAUUAGGACUAUUUUUGAUCCUGUUCAUGAUCAUAUUUUGUUACCAGCAAUUUUAUGGAAAAUUAUAGAUACUGAAUAAUUUCAAAGAUUGAGAAAUAUUAAGUAUAAUGAAUUUUUAUAUGGAGUAUAUAUGGGUGCCACUUUCUCUUUCUUUGAUUUAUCUAUUGGAGCUGCUCAUUUAGCAAAGAUGUAUAUGCUUUUCAUAGAAGAAACAAAUAGCAAUAAUGAACUUUUUUCAAAAUUUAUUGAUGGAAACUCUAAAGAUCACUUUAAAGAUAUUAUUUGCUUAACCUAAGUUGCUGCUCUUAGUUAUAAUCUUGGCUAACUUCCAUUCCGAAAGAUUAUAAAAAAGCUACUUAAAAAUUAAAACUAUGAAAUUUGCCCAAAGAACGAUAGAAGCGUUCAAUUAUUAGAAAUAAUUUUAUUAAAUUAAUAACUAAGCAACAAUUAAUUGAGUGAAAAUAAAGCAGAAAAAACAUUUAAUGAUGAAUAGGUUGAAGUGAUCAAAUAUAUGAUUUUGGGAAUUUCUUAAGAUGAAUGGGGAAAAAAAGAUAAUGAAUUUAAAAAAAAAUACCCUUAUUGGAUUUUCAAAAUAGUGAAAAAUUAAGAUAAAAGCGAUAAAGGGAAAUAUAAUUUUGAUAUAAUUAGACUAGAAAAACAAUUUAGAGUUAAUUUUGCAAUACUUGGCAAGCCAAUAAAUAAAGAAUAUUACUAUAUUUUUAUUCAUACAUAAAUAUACACACCCAAAAAUCAAAAAGAUCCUUAAAUUUGUGAUUUGAAAUUAAAUCAAAUUAAGAACUUUGAAGACGAAAAAAAACAUCAUGACAAAAUACUUAAAUAUCAUAAAGCUAACAUGGGAAUUUCACUCACAUUUUAUGAUGUAUUUGAAAGUGUUUUUGAUUUCUUGACGAGUCACAUUUCUUUUUUUUAAAAAGAAGCAUACAAAAAUUAUCAAAAUCAUCAUGAUAAAAAAAAAUACUUACUUGAUAAAAAAGAGUAAAUUAGGGAAUUUAACUAUUUAGAUGAUAAUAUUAUAGAUGAGAUUAAGAAAAAUAGAUCUAAAAAUGAAAUGUUUAAAGCUGGUCAAUAAAUUAUAUAAUAAUAUGAAAAUAGAAUAUUUUUGAAAUUAAUGUUUGAUGGUUACUUUGAAUUUAAUUAAGAAGUUGAAUAAUUUAUAUAAUAUGUAGAAUAAAGUUUUCAAAAUACAAAAUUAAAAAUUAUAAUUUUAUUAGAAAAUUAAGAUUAAUCAUAGAAAUAAGUAUUCAUAGAAGAUUUAAAUUUCAAAAAUGGACAGAAAGGAGAUAAAAUUUUAAUUAGAAUUUAUUCUGAUAAAGAAAUUAAAGCCCAUUUUAAAGAUAUUAAAGAAAAAUUUAAGGAUAGAAAGGAACCAAUCACCACCUAAGAAUAGUAAAGUAGCUCAAAAUAACCUAGCUAAUGUUCACUUGAAAAAAUUGAUGAAAAAGAGGAGAAACAAUUAAAAAAAAAUCAAUAGCCAUAAAAUGACAAUGAAAACUCCUUCUCUUAAAUAUCAUGA